CGGCAUCAGCAUCUAUCAAGCGAUGCUCGCCUCAAGAUGAUUCGCUAAAUUGUUAGUAAUAACAGCGCCGUACGCGUCGAGCGUCUUCUAAAUUGUCGCGGUAACUCGCGUCAUGUGCCACUGUCUCCCAGUUGACGCGAUGCGACUGACCGGGGCAGUCGUUUGAUAUGAAUCUGAGGACGAAGCGCAGGAUUACUCUCGGUACAGCGUGUAUCUUUUUUGUCAUCACCGGAAUAGAACACGCCGUGAUAUUGCCGUCGUUAUGGAUGUAUCUCAAGGGUCGCUUCCAGUCGCCCGACUAUGCGAUCGCCGUGGUGAUUUCGGCGUGCUGCGUUACGGCUCUGUUUGUGAGCCCUUUCGUGGGCGUGUGGGCCGACGGGACGCGCAACGUGCGUUCAGUUUUGCUGGUUGUCAAUUUAGGACAAUUCGUGGGCAGCCUGCUGUACUUCGCUGGCAUCUCCCACUGGCUUCUCCUGGUUGCCCGGCUGCUAUCAGGUCUGGGCACAGGAACGGCUGCUGUCAUACUAGCUGACGCUGCCCGUUCUACGGCCGAGAAAGACCGCACUGCUACUUUUGCACUGCUGGCAGGCUUCCGCGAGCUCGGCAUUGUUGUCGGAUCGUCCUUGCACGUCUUCUUUCAAAAUGAGAAUCUCAGCAUUGGAGUGCUUCCACUUGACCGCUAUUCUAUCCCUGCGUUAAUGAUGGCCUUCCUCUGGCUUCUGGUGGAGGCCAUCUUCUACCUGGCAUACUUUAACAUGGCCCAGCUCAGCCAUCAGCAGAAGCUUGAAGACACCCUGCAGUGCAGCUACUUGGAAGCAAGCAUGGGCAACGUCUCAGAGUGCCUCCCACCACCCAGUCCUUACCCUCAGCACCAUGAUAUUCAGCCCGACUUGGAUCACACCGAUAGCAUCGGCUACUCUGCAGGAGCGCUGUCAUCGCGCUAUCCCCACCCGCACCGAACGAUGCAGGCUCCUCUCAUGUGCUCACUAAAUAACGACCUUGCCAAGAUGCAUCGCAGCCCGCUCAAUUUGUCACUGGACGAAGGAGACCUGUUCAGCGAUGCCAUGAUCGAGACUGCCGAGAGGUUCAUAUUGAGCUCGGAGUCUGCCAACCCUGGGGCUGGUUUUAGGAGUGUCCUCCGUGCUCCUUCCAGCGUCAGUGACAGUCGAGCAGUCUGCAACCCACUCGAUUUCGGACAAUGCCAGGGCAGAAUCUAUUGUGCCAGAGACACAGGUUCUGCGUAGGUACUGCUCAGAGUAUAUUCGAGAAGAUACCGUUGUGUUGCUGGCUAUAACAUUUUGGUCGCCUACAGUCAAACAGCUCUCCAGGCUGCUCUCUAUCCUCUGGCAAACGAGAACUACCGCUAUGGAGAGAUGAAAAGCAUUGCCAUAUACCUCGUGUGUGGUGUUGAGGUUCUCUUGGUGUUUGCUGGUAUACGCAUCCUGAGCAGACAGCUCUCGGACAGGCUGCUGCUCCUAGUUGGCCUAGUCUUCACUUGUGUGGGGACUUUCCUUUGGCUUGGCUUCGGUUUUGUUGCAAGCCCAGGAAAGUUUAACUCACUGCCUCUGUUUGUGCUGGGGACUGCCGUCGACCUGUUUGGAAUGCCCAUGCUGACGGUCUGUACAAGUUCUUUGAUAU